AUGGGCGGGAGAAGCCUAGACAACGAUGAAAUAGCAGCCCUUCUCGACCUCUCCUAUUUAUCCGAUGAAAGCAAAUAUGACAUCACAAGCUCGGAGUGUAAGGAGUACAUUCGUCUGAAGCAUUUGUUGGGUGUUCUUCCGUCAUUGCACAACAUGCAGCAGGUGAAUGACGUGUGUGUACAAAUUGGCGAGUUGGGGGAAUGUGAAAACAUCCAGAAUUUUCACACGUUGACACCGCUUAUUGAUGAGUGUAAAUGGUCGUGUAUGUGUGUGGCAAUGAUUGGAGGCAUUACACAGAAGAAUCAUAUAGAGAGGUUUAAUCUAAUAGCUCGGAUAACUCGUGUUAUGCGUAAAAUAACGUUCGACCCCGUGAUGGUGGAUAGUGUAGUCAAGAAUGCCAUUACUCAGAUCUGCCAGAUUGGUCGGUCGACGCUUGUCACGGGGAUUUUGGGGGACAUGUUCAAGUGCAACAAGUGGCAUGGAGCGUAUUCCGUGAGCAGGAGGAUCCUACAACACCUCUUCGAAGUAUGGGUGUUGGCGCUGACUCAGCAGGAACAGUGGGACCACAUUCUGGCUUAUAUUGCUGCCACUCGCGCGGGCCAGCAAAUAUUCAAGUACCCCGAGAACAGAUACCCCGAGAACAGAUACCCCGAGAACAGAUACCCCGAGAACAGAUACCCCGAGAACAGAUACCCCGAGUGCGAAAAAAACACGGCGCCUCCUCGCUCGGGAGAGGCGGACACGCCGUCGACGUGCUCGCCCUCGAGCGCGUCGCCGUCGCCAUUCGCAUCCGCCAAGUCGCCGGGUCGAAACGGGACUUUGCCGGCAUGGAUGACCGCCGAAUUUUUGCGUGCGCGAAGCAUGCAGAGCGACAGCACACGGGGUCUAAGGAUACCAUGGGUGAGUGUGCUAUCAUACUGUCACCACUUAUUGGACGUUGGCGACACAGAGAAGUUGCUGAUGGUGUUGCCCUUACUGUUAGGCAAGUCGUGCAGCGACGAGGCGUGUGUGGACCGCGUCUGGCACCGCGACUUGUUCGAAGAGCAGAGUUUGGAUUGCGAGGAACCCGACUGCGUAUGUCACGACUGCAAAAGAAUCGAUAAUGGCCUAGAACCAAUUGUACGACCAGAACACGUAAUCAUCCGUUUGGAUAUGAUGCGCUCAGCUGGCAAGGUAGACACCUUCAGCGAGUGCCCCGCAGGCUACGGACUUGACGCUCUUCUCAUCCGGUUUGUUGCACAAGGAACACACGAAAGCGGAGCAUUCGUCGACGACUGGCUUCAAGGCCUCGAAUCACCUAGCAUCAACUCACAGGAUAUGCUCCGCGUUAUCCGGCAAGUCAUCCAACAUGCCGCCUGCCAAUGCCGCGCGUAUCAGCUGCUAGAAAUCUGCUGUCGUAUCGGAGAAAACUGUUUCGUCUGCGACCAUGGGAAGUUUGCCAAACUUAUUGCUGAAGAAGCCGCUGCCUCCAGCCAUAGCAGCCGCUCCACCGACGACUGCAAAACAGACCUCCGACUCGAUCCCGGUCUCGACGGGUCCGGAGUUGGCGCUGACACGUCCAAAGGUGGUGCUGAGUCGUCCAGAGGUGGUGUUGACUGGUCCAGAAAUGAUGCUGACUGGUCCAGAAAUGAUGCUGACUCGUCCAGAGGUGGUGCUGACUCGUCCAGAGGUGGUGCUGACUCCUCGAGGUGUGAGCCGGAGAUAGGAGACGCACACGGGUGUCGCCUCUCGCCUCUCCACGAAGAAGCGGACGCGCGAACUUUUUCGAGCCAGCCCACUGUAGAAAGCCUCACGCCACGCGGUUACGGGGGCCCUUUCCACUCGCCCCGUUCGAUUGCCUCCGUCCCGGCCCGGGUCGCCUCCGGCUGUGCAGCGGCCGGCAACCUCCACCCCGACCUGGAGGCGGGUCGGACUGCUGAGGGCAAGCCGGGAUUUCUUGGAGCUGGAGGCACGGCCAGCCACAGCGUGGUGAGCUUGGCCAACUACAACAUGGCCAGCCUGGCGGACGAACUUGUACAUGCCCGUGACGGACUCGUCCGCGGCGAGAGAGUCUCGUUGAGGGCUGGCGCGGAGCUCCGAGAGCGUAGUUCGUGCAUGUCGAUGUUGAGUUCCACGUUGAGUUCAACGUUGAGUCCGAGGACACUUGGGAAAAGUGCACUGGUGGCGACAUGUAGUUCUCCGGUGCUUGGAAGGCUAUGUGUUCCGCCUGUGGAGGCUUUGAUAAAUCGGGUCUCUACUCAAAUGGAGUUAUUCCGUGAGGCGACAAGUGUCGUAAUAUCCGUAACAGAAUAUUAUUUGUUCUGCGUGCUGGAGACGUAUGAGCAACUGUGUGGUGUACCGUCAAGGCUACCGGGCAUUACACCGGUGGAUGUUAUGAUUGCUCCUAAGGCUCUGAAUUUAUCGGAUAAUCUAUGUGAAGCGUUAAUGCUGUCAUUCUAUCUCCUUCGUCCCACUCCGGUGGCCUUCCAUGCGGAGACUCAGAACUUGCUGAAUCGUUUUGCUGUUUAUGGUAAAGCUGACCUGGCAGAGGAGAGUGCGCGUCACGUCUACCCUACGCUACUACCCGUCACCGUAGCCGAGUACUUCCCUGGCCCAAUAAUCACUUAUGGAUAUGCAAACGCGCGCUAUGUAUCUGACGACCUUUUACGCUGGCGUUCUUUGAUGUUCGAACUACUCGUGUGCAUGUGCAAGGGCACUUACAGUCGCACUACUCUCAUCGCACCACACCUAAGCGAUUCUCUCUGUGAAAGCUUCAUCCGAGUUUACGUCUCACAAAACAAUCCACGAGCUGUACACCUCUCAGAACGGUUCGUUAGGAGGGCUCCACGAAAACUCACACCACAUCUACUGCGUGCCGUCGAAGCUGACAACUUCUAUUUCAUACGACAGAUCUGGCAUAAGUCAGACCUGUCCCAAGAUUUAUCUGCACAAGCCACCAUACUGCAGUAUCUAGAACAUGUCGGCGCCCGAGACGUGCUAGCUACCUUUGUAAAGACCUACCCAGUUUCCCUACGAGCUGUAAAUUCAGUCUCCAGCUCCCUCUCAAGCUUCUACAAUGAUACCAGUCUUCACGACGCCUGUGCCCACGGAUCCAACCAUAGCACCGUCGACAGCAACCGCUGCAGCUGCAGCCGACACGGAACAGAAUACCACCUUGGAACGCAACCAGAAAGAAGCCUACAAGGAGGAGCCCCGCAAGGAGGAAGCCGGCAAGGAGGGCCCCCGCAAGGAGGGAGCCGGCAAGGAGGGCCCCCGGAAGGAGGAAGCCGGCAAGGAGGGCCCCCGCAAGGAGGAAGCCGGCAAGGAGGGCCCCCGCAAGGAGGGAGCCGGCAAGGAGGGCCCCCGCAAGGAGGAGCCCCGGAAGGAGGAAGCCGUCCGGGCGAUUGCCUGGGUGAACGAGAAGAAAGCCGGCAAGGUAGUAACCAAAGAGGCGACAACAUGAAUCACGACGACAGCAGGAGUUUCGAUAGCGGCUUCCCUCGAAGUUUCGGGUCCCUCGCCGGUUGCGCCGACCUGCCGAGUGACCGACUGCCAGGUGGGCGCCGUGUGGAGGCCCUGGGUGGUCCAGCGUCAGGUGGCCCCGCAACCGGCGCCUCCGAGCAGGGUGGCAGGGGACUGCAAGACAGGGAACUGCAAGGCGAUGGUUUGGCUCCCCAGAGCGGUUCUCAGGGUGGUCCCCAGAGUGUUCCUCAAAGUGGUGCGGAGUUGGGUUCCGAGAUGCAUGAGGGUCAGGGCGAGUGGUUGCCGCCGUGGUCGAUGGCGGAGGCGUUGUUGGAAAAGGCGCAAUAUGAGGCAUUGUUGGUCGCGUAUUGUAGGCCUGUGUUGCCGGAGUCAAGUGCAGAUGCGGCCGAGGUGGGAGCGCGAGCGUACGAGGCGGUGGUGGAUGCAGCACUGGGUGUACGUGAGUACGUGCGUGCAUUUCGUUACUUUGGCGAAAUGACGGCGAGGUUCGCGCCGGAUGCGCAAACGUGUGCGCAAUUGCUGCGGCACGUGCAUUUGUUACAGCCGAGGUUAGGUGAGGCGGCGACGACUGCGAGUCGGGAGCAGUUGUUGGCGUUGGCGCGAGAGUGUGACCCGCAGAUGCGCGACUGUCACCUUUUUUCGGCGGUGGUAGAUGCAUUAUCGCGUGUUAAGGAGACGGAGAGAUUGGCGCGAGUGGUGGAUGAGUACCGCCAGUCCCACCCCAAGCCGACGUUACUGGCGACGGCGACUUUGAUGAAGGCUUAUGGGCGCUGUGGGAAUCGCGAAGAAGCAUUACGUGUGUGGGUUUCAAUUGAACAUCUGAAUCAUCGCGACGAAUACAUUCAAUCCUGCGGCAUUGACGCCCUCGUUUCGCUGGGCGAACUAGACGAGGCGUUGGCCAUCUGGAAGAACUGCAUGCGCACCGGAGUCAAGCUGGCAGAGCCGGCACAGUCGGUGCUAAUUCGAGGUUGUGUGACUCGCGGACGGAUUUCCGAGGCACUUAAAAUAUACGAAACCAUGAUCAAGAAGAGACAGUUCCCUUGCGAUAUCACGUGUAAUUACCUGAUGCACGGUUGCACAAGCCGACGACGACUCGAAGACGCUCUGGCCUGCUUCAGCGAUAUGGCCAAAUUCUCAGCACCUGACACUGUUAGCUACAGUACUAUCAUUAAGGGUUUGUGCGACAAGGAAAAAAAUAGUCUAGCCCUUGAAAUGUUCUAUCAAAUGGAGUCCAAAGGACUAAAGCCAGACAUCAUUACCUACAACACACUCAUGGAAGGAUUCAGCAAAGCCGGUGACCGAGCCAUGGUAGAAAAACUUUACGCACAGAUCAUCGAAAACGGACUACAACCAUCUUGUUACACACUCACCAUCCUCAUCAAAUUCUAUGGACGAAUCAAACUACUCAACAAGGUGUUCGAAUGCUUAGACACCAUGCCCGCUACACAUGGCUUUGAAUGCGAUCAAUUCGUCUAUACAUCCAUCAUCGCCGCUUGCACCUGGAACAGAAGACUAGAUCUCGCCCUUAACGUCCUCGUCACAAUGAAGGCCAAAUUCAACAUCUCACCACGGACAUACGCUACAGUCAUCGCAGGCUGUAUCAGGGUCUCCGCCUGGGAUACCCUCUGCGAAGUCCUAUGUCUCUGUCUACAAGAUGAAUGUACUCUCAACAAACGACUCAUUGCCAAAAUCGAAAACCUCAUACUCAAAGGAGGAAUCAACAUCAAAGAAGUGACACCAGUAGUCACUCUAAUGACACCAGUAGUCACUCUAAUGACACGAUUAAUGCUUUGCUAUGUAGCUACUCUGAGUCAGAUAAAGCUCUUCUUGACUUUGUUGGGAACAAGGGAAAAACGCUAG